AUGGAAGUUCCAUCAGAUACUCGUGACUCCACGAUGGAGGACCAUCAUAUUGUUAAGGCCGAUGAGGUUGAUCAAACUGGGACUGAUAUCUCGCCUGUCUCCGACGACCAGCUCAUGGAGGAGGUGGCUGAGGGGCUCCGCCAGGAACGCCAGGAACGCCAGGAACAGACAUCUGAAGUCGCGCCCCCCGCGGAGACGACGCUAUCUGAGUCUGUUAAUCCUAUGAAACGACCUGAACUCCGCCGUGAGGCCUCUGCUCCUCCGCCACCGCUGCAGCCACCGCCUCCGGCUCCAGUUCAGGAGAACCCAGGACAGCCAUCUGACUCACUGAGUCUAUCGCAGUUGCGCAAACUCGUGAAUGAAAUGCCCAAAAUUGAGCAGCCGGCCUAUGCAUUUGAAUAUGCUGACACUCAGCCCUUUCCCGAUGAAUUGGAAGAAUGGUUUCAGUAUAAUGACUUUGACCGUGUCAUGCUAAUGGGUACCAAGGCGACGUUCAAUCAGAGAUGGGAUGUUUUUUGUCAGCAAAAUAACAUUUCGCUCCUCACAUCUUGGCUUGAUGUUUCCCAUGAUAUUCGGCGUACAUUUAUCUCUCAGCUGCUCGGCGGCUUGCAGCAUGCCGAUGUCUCUGUACGGCUGGAGACACUUGAAACAACCUGCUACCUGUUGACUGGAGUUUGGGGCAUAACCGGGGGAAAGUCAUCUCCGGAUUACCCAUCCAAGGAUAGAUCUCAUUCCUCAACCGAGGCUCCUCCGUGGAAGUCCUUGCAGAUCGAUUGGAUUGAGGACAAUGUCUCCCUCCUCCAAGAAUGCUCUGGGGUAAUGGCUUUGACCCAGUACAUGUGCCGACUAUUUGACAAGACACGUUCCAGCACUAGGACGGACCUCAAUGGAAUGGAUCACGAGCGACUCAAUCCUGGCGACAUCACGGCCCCUGAGCGCGAGGCCAAUCUGCUCCUCACAUGUUUGUACUUUGUCGUGGAAGUGGGUCGUCGACAAGAAGCUUCUCGUACUGGGUGCAGCCCUAUCCGCGAUACUCUCAUUCAAUCGGACCCAAAUCUGUUGGUCUCCAUUGUUGAAAUCAUCGCCCGUUUACGUUGGGAUGAAUCUGCCAAUAUCCCACUUACCAGAAUUCUUCUUUUGCUUUGGAAAUCACUGCUCCUUGUAUUCGGAGGCGUCGAUGACCUGAAGCGAGCCAAAGACGCCCUGGAGCCUUUCCAUUCAGCGGACAGAGAUGACACUAACCGCCGGACUCCAUUCCUUCAUGCCUCGCCCUUGGAUUACCACGUCUUCCGCCAAGAGAUCACAUCGAAAUACCCAGCUUACAACCCUCCUCCACUUGCUGUUCCGUUGGAAUUGGAAAAUAACUCAAUUCUUCCCCCUCUUCCACACAACGCGAUUAAGAUCAACUCAUCGAGUGGUAUAUUCUGUGGCGUCGGACCGUCUAUUGCUGGCGGGAAUGGCUCUAUUAUUCAACAGUCUGUUCACAUCGCAACCCCGGCACCAUCCCCACCGCCAUCUCCCAUUGGCCCAGGAGGCAAGGCCGGGAAAAAGCAGAACUACCAAACCAACCAGAACUUCCCCUUUAUGUACCCUCCAUUAGAUGAUUCCAGUAAUCGCAUUGGUGGAAAGGGUACCACAGAACGACAGGAUACAUUGGUUGGAAAGCGAUGGGAAGGUAGUGACGUUCCCGCAUCCAUCAUUGAAGCUGGAAGGCUCUUUUCCACACACGUAAAGAUGACCCGUGCCAUUCGACAACUGUGGCAGGAACGCGAACAUUUUAUGACCUACGAUCGUGGUUGGAACGCUGAAGAUGCUGCUCAUUUCCCUGAUGCCGACCUAUCAGAUGAUUUUGAACACUUGGAUCUUUCGGAGAGCGAAGAGAACCCGGGAAAGAAAUCUGAACAGAGGGAGACAGAUGACCCUGACAUUCAGCGGCGUUUAGAUGCUGUUGAAGAUUUCUACGGCAAAACUUUGUCCCAUCUUCAAUCUAUUACGAUAGUCUUUUUGAAGAUCAUUUUGACAAAUGUCAGCUCGGUGGUCAGCCAAGCUGGUAGCUAUAACCAGAGCAUGAGCAAUGGAAUGAAUGGAUCGCACGAUUUGUUCUCCGAUGCAUCCAUUGAUGAACUUGAUAAUAUUAGACUUCGCGAGAUUACCGGAAAGGCAGUAUCUGGAAUUUUGGUGCUUCUCUUGAAGUGGUUCAAGCGGUCUCAUAUCCUGAAAUUCGAAUACAUGACGCAGCUGCUUCUAGAUUCUAAUUAUCUCCCUCUAAUUCUCAAGAUGUUCGCCCACCAAGACGUCGAUCAGGCCGUUGCACAGAAGAAUGAUCGUGAAGACUUGUCGUUCUUCCACUUCUGCGCCAGCAACACCGAUGCCCAGGAUAGCGACGAUAACUCAGGCGGGGACACCGAGAGCGAGGACGAGGCGAUGCCACCUCCAAUCUCUCGACACCGUCCCGAAUUCAUGCGUGGGCUAUCUGAGGAAGGCUCAGUCACCGAUAUGUUCAAUGGGCCCACCCGACCUGAGGUCGACGAGCUGGGCUACCCAACAGUCCCUCCCCCGAAAGAACCAAUCACGACAUUCUCCUUCCGCAACUUCUUUUCCUCCAUUAAUUACUUGCAUGUGAUGCAAAAGAUCACUCGCAACAAGGCUCACCGUUGCCUUUUACUCGUGCAGUACAAGUCAAGCAACAUCCUCCGCAAGGGCCUCAAGAUCCCUGAUCCCCACCUCCGCGAUUACACCCUCAAGCUGUUCAAAUCGCAGGUCCCAUACUGUGGUCGGAAGUGGAGACAGGGUAACAUGCGUGUUAUCACCGCUAUCUACCUCUACUGCCGGCCUGAACUCCGCGACGACUGGCUCGCCGGUUCCGACGUCGAUGCCGAGGUGGAAGAGGCUUUGCCAUUGGAACAAGCUCUGCGAGGCCUAACCCACUGGUGGCAUCUGCGCCAGUACAAGGAUGUGAUGGGCGGCAACGAAAACACAUCGAUGGUAGAAGAGGAGCGGGAUUUCUUUGUCCGGGAGCUUGAGUCUAUGGGCUGGGGAUUUGCUGAUGACAUGCUUGGUGGAUCUGGCGAUGAUCAGGAGAUGGCCGGUCAGAUGGCCAAUGGCACUGAGUGGGAAGGUGUCCCUCUGCCUACGGAAGGAUGGCCGUAA